AACCCCUGCACCCCAGGGAUGCUCUCCUCUCAGGUGUGAAACAAGAAGAAAUGGCUUCAGUCCGAAGCUUAAUGUGUAUCCAGGGUGAUAAAAACCUGCAGUCCAUGGCUGUGGGGACAAUGAUGAGAAAGGUCAAGUCCCGCUCCUGGAAAAAGCAGCGCUUCUUCAAGCUGGAGGAGGAUGGCAUGACCAUCUGGUACAAUUCCAGAAAGGCUGGGAAUGACCACUGUACGUUCUCAGUGAGUGAUGUGGAGUCAGUACGUGAGGGACACCAAUCAGAGGUCUUGCAAAGCAUUGCUGAUGAGUUCCCUGCUGACCGUUGCCUCACGCUGGUGUUUCGUGGGCGCCGUGGCAACCUGGACCUUGUGGCGGAGACGGCGGAGGAGGCUCAGGCGUGGAUUAGGGGCAUGCGCAAGCUGAUAGAGAACCUGGAGAACAUGGGCCAAAAGGAGAGACUUGAACAGUGGAUCUGGGACUUGUUUCGGAAGGCGGAUAAAAACAAGGAUGGGCGCAUGAAUUUCAAGGAGAUUCAGGACCUGUUGAAGAUGAUGAACAUGGACAUGAAUGAGCUCCAUGCCCUCCGCCUCUUCAAGAUGGCAGACAAGUCUCAGUCAGGCACGCUGGAGGACGACGAGUUUGUACUUUUCUACAAGAUGCUGACUCAGAGGGGAGACGUGCUGGAGGUGCUCCAGGAGUACUCGGGAGACGGGCAGAAACUUACGCUCCGCGACCUGGAGGACUUCCUAUGUGAGGAGCAGCUGGAGGGAGAGAGAAGCCACACACACGCCCAGGAACUCAUCAACCGCUACGAGCCCUCUGAAACUGCCAAGAUGCUGCAGGCCAUGUCCAUCGAUGGCUUCCUGAUGUACCUCAGCUCACCCGAAGGCUCAAUCUUCAACCCCUGCCACCAGGGUGUAUAUCAGGACAUGACCCAGCCCCUGUGUCACUACUUCAUCUCCUCCUCCCACAAUACAUACCUAAUGGAGGAUCAGCUUCUGGGCCACAGCAGCGUGGAAGGAUACAUCCGUGCCCUGAAACGAGGCUGCCGGUGCGUGGAGCUGGACUGUUGGGAUGGCCCCAACGGAGAGCCAGUCGUCUACCACGGACACACCUUAACCUCCAAGAUCCUCUUCAAAGAUGUCAUCAUUGGUCUGGAAAGCUAUGCGUUCAAGGCGUCCAAGUACCCCGUCAUCCUGUCCAUUGAGAACCACUGCAGUGUGGAGCAGCAGAGGGUCAUGGUCCAGCACCUGGUCACUAUCCUGGGUGACAAGUUGCUGAAAACCACACUGGACAGCACGGUUCCUGAAUGUCUGCCUUCUCCCCAGGAGCUGAUGGGUAAGAUCCUGAUUAAGGGGAAGAAGAUUGGUGAGUCAGGGGAGAAUCCAAACGAGGCAGCGGAGGAGUCUGUGUCGGGUGAAGUGAGCGACGACGAUGAGGUGGAUGAGGAUGGCUCCCACACGGGAAGCCCUGGCCACAGGGGAAAGAGUUCAAAGCAUCAUCUGUCCAGGGAGCUCUCAGACUUCGUGGUGUACUGUAAUAACGUCCACUUUGUCAGCUUUGAGCACUCUCGCAUCCACUCCAAGUUCAAUGAGAUCUGCUCCCUCAGCGAGUCCAAGGCCCGCAAACUCACAAGGUCCGCAGGGGCGGAGUUUGUGCAGCACAAUGUGAGGCAGCUGACCCGUGUUUACCCUGGGGCUCUCAGAACAGACUCCUCAAACUUAAACCCACAAGAAAUGUGGAACGUGGGAUGCCAAAUAGUUGCACUGAACUUCCAGACGCCAGGGCUGGAGAUGGACCUCAAUGAUGGGCUCUUCAGCCAGAACGGUCACUGCGGCUAUGUCCUAAAGCCUGAGUUUUUAAGGAGAAGAGAGAAGAGGUUUGACCCGGAGAACCCUCAGGACUACCAGGCUGUCAGCCUUGUCAUUCAGGUGAUAAGCGGACAGCAGCUUCCCAAAGCGAACAUGAAGGAGGGUGCCAUCAUUGACCCGCUAGUGAGGGUGGAGAUCUAUGGAGUUCCACUGGACCAGGCCAAGCAAGAGACCAGACACAUUGACAACAAUGGGUUCAACCCAGUCUGGAAUGACACUCUGCAGUUCACCCUCCAUGCCCCUGAACUGGCCUUGGUGCGCUUUGUUGUGGAAGAUUAUGACAAGGCAACAAAGAAUGACUUUGUUGGCCAGUACACCCUACCUUUUACGUGUAUUCAGCAAGGAUAUCGUCAUGUCCCUUUGCUGUCCAGGGAUGGCACGAGCAUUCCUCCUUCCUCUCUGUUUGUGCAUGUCAGGAUCACAGAACGUGAUGCCAGAAGUGAUGAGGACUAAAGGCACUGCUUACCAUUCGUAAUCACAAA